CUUCUCUCUCUCAGUUCUCAUCUUGGUCCCUCUGGUAACUAUGGAAUCUUUUCCAGUAGAAGCAUCAAGAGACGGUCCUCCUCACACUAUGAGUUGGAUCUCAGUGAUGGCCCUCCUCAGAAGCUGCGGCGUGUGUUCACCAACAGCCGGGAGCGCUGGCGCCAGCAGAACGUCAACGGGGCCUUCUCAGACCUCCGCAGGCUCAUCCCCACCCACCCUCCAGACAAGAAGCUCUCCAAGAAUGAGAUCCUCCGACUGGCCAUGAAGUACAUCGACUUCCUUGUCACCUUGCUCAACGACCAGUCCCAAGACAAAGCCAGGGGCCCGCCUGAGGUGGAGACCCAGGAUGAGAGGGCCCAAGCGGGGCUGAACAACAAGGAUAUGCACCCACUUUUCCAGGGUGACACUCCCUCUUCAACUAUGGUCUACCACGACAGAGGAGACUCCACAGACUCAUCGAUCAUCGCCUUGGCAACCUCCCCGACCUCCAGUUGCUAUAGCAACACAGACAGUGAGGAGAACCUGGGGGGCGGGGCUAAGAGCUCAAAGGUGGUGCCGCGGGGCAUUCCGGGAAAGGUCAAAGGUCAGAUUCGGACUGCGGUGACACUUGCCAAAGACCAGCGGUGACAUGACAUGUGACAUCACAAAGAGGACAAAAUUGAAUACCUGGUAGUAAAUCAUAUCCGACAAACUGACAGAAAGGACAAAAAUGUACAGUAUACUUACUAUUCUACCAGCAAUCUUUGAGACUUUUGGAAUCGAUGUAGUUCUUUCAAUGACAUGGUAUAUCUGCAAGGUCAGUUCUGAGUUCUUGUAGCAGGUUGUGGUAUUGUUUGACUGACCCUCUGUCUGGAUUUUGUGUCCUGCAGUGUGGGACUGAGGCUUUCUGGGUAACGUAAGCUGUUUCAUCCGAACUGAGGCUUCUAUAGGGCUACCUGGGAAAUGUAGGCUUGACUGUUUGUACAUCCAGUCAGCACAGUGUCAGUUGCCCUAAAACCUCUGAAGGAGCCAUGUUGACCUCAUGGCUUUGCUUCCUGAAGUUUGAGACAUCAAAAAACAUCAAUGACGGUAACCUUCAGCAAGUAGUUUAUGUGGCAAUUUUUUAAGUUUCUUUCUUUAGUCAGAUGAAGAAGAUGGUCCCACCCUCCCUCCCUUAGAGGACAACAUUGUGACACAGUUGUCCCAAAUGGCACACUAUUUCCUGUUUAGUGCACUACUGGUCAAAAGUAGUGCACUAUGUAGGGAAUAGGGUGCCAUACGGGACAUUGACCGUGCUAGCUGACCGAAAUAAAGAGUGUUUUAGUUCUCUC